AUGUUGGUUCCUCCUGCUAACUUUGGCAUCGCUGAAGAGGGAAUUUAUAGAUGUUCUAAAGUGGAAACAUUGAACUUAUCGUUUCUGGAGACUCUUAAUCUAAAGACUGUUAUAUUUAUAGGAGGUCAAGAACCCUCAAAAUUUUUUAAGGAUUUCUUUACAAGGUCAUCUAUAAAAUGGAUUGUUUUGAGGAUGUCUGAUUUCUCAGCUGCGGCAGUUCCAGUUAAGAGUUCUUCUGUAUCCAACGGCAGUUUAUAUUCCAACAAUAAUAGUACAUUAUCAUUGCAGGAUGAAAAAAAAAUAAAAAAACAUACGCUAAAUGCAUCACAAAAUUCCAUAAUAACAGAACCUGUGAUACAGGAGGAAAUUUCUUAUCAUUUAACUGACAACGAUGAUUUAAUGCUGAUUAAAAGCACGUGUUUAAAGAGAACUUUCAAGACUUUGUUAAAUGUGGAUAAUUACAAUGUUUUAUUGGUAGAUAAAACUGCACUGGUUAUUGGUAUACUUCGAAAAAUUCAGAAAUGGAAUAUUGCAUCAAUCAUAAAUGAGUACAGAUUAUUUUCCGGUAAGAAUAGAAAUUAUUUUGCAGAAACAUUUUUAGAAGUAAUUAGUAUUAACAUAGAACAAGAAAAGGAUGACAAGACAAUUAUUAAUAAUAACAAUAAGAAGCUUUCCCUUGAAAAUAAUAGAAUACACUCGAUAGAGUAUAAGGGCAACUCUGGCAAAUUAGUUAAAGUAAAUGAAGAUGAUCUUAGCAAGGAGCCAGAAGUACCCCAACGUCUUUUAACGUUAAUAAACCAAAUUGAAACUAAGGUGAAAAAUAACAAAGUAUUACAAGUAAAUGGUGUCUUAGGUGGUGAUUUGAAGAGAACUUCUUCCGACCUUGGAAUUUUUGGCCAUCGGUAUAGAUUAGCAUUCAACAAGAAAGAAAACGGAGAGUAUGGCUAUUAUAAAGCACUGGGGAAAGACAAUGUAAAAAUAAGAAUACCCACUGAUUCUGAACUACCAGGUUGGUUUAAGUUUCAAAGAGAUUUAUGGGAGAAGGAGAACGUUCCGGAAGAACAUCACUUUUAUAGGGAACAUAUCUUUACGUAG